AUGACAAGUUUGCAAGGGGCACUGGGGUCAAGGUAUCCUGGUGACGGCGCUUCCGGUAGGUUGAAUAAUGCAACGAACGCGUCGUAUAUUGCGGCCUCGUAUGUGAAGUUAGUUGAAUCGGCUGGCGCUCGUGUGAUUCCUCUAAUUUAUAACGAACCUGAAGAAAUUUUAUUUGAGAAGCUGAAGUUGGUGAAUGGCGUGUUGUAUACUGGAGGUUGGGCCAAAACUGGUUAUUACUACGAGAUUGUUGAAAGAAUUUUCAAGAAAAUUUUAGAGAAGAAUGAUGCGGGAGAUCAUUUUCCAUUAUAUGCCAUUUGCUUAGGCUUUGAACUUUUAACAAUGAUCAUUAGCAAGAACACAAACAUUCUUGAAUCAUUCAAUGCAGCAGAUCAGGCAUCGACUCUUCAGUUCAUCAGAAACACUAAUAUUGAUGGAACUGUGUUUCAAAGAUUUCCACCAGAUUUGCUUAAAAAGUUGAGCACAGAUUGUCUUGUCAUGCAAAACCACCAUUAUAGCAUUUCACCAGAGAGAAUGCAAGAGAACUUGGAUCUAUCUAGGUUUUUUAAAAUUUUGACAACAAGUGCGGAUGGAGAUGAUAAGGUCUAUGUCUCUACAGUACAAGCUUAUAACUAUCCUGUGACUGCUUUCCAAUGGCAUCCAGAGAAAAAUGCUUUUGAGUGGGGGUUAUCGGGAAUUCCCCACUCGGAGGAUGCCAUUCAGGUGACUCAACAUGUUGCAAACUUUUUUAUCAGUGAGGCUAGGAAGUUGAUGAACAGACCGCCUGCUCGAAAAGUGCUUGACAACCUUAUCUACAAUUACAGUCCCACCUACUGUGGAAAGGCUGGGUAAGUGUUACUGUCCUUGAAUCCCAAGUGGUAUGUUAAGGCUCAUUUGGUA